AUGUCCUCGGACAUGGAAUUAGAAGAGAUAGACAUGACCGCUGCCCUCAAGUCUCUCAUCACUGAGGCAAACUCAUCCACACCUCGUAAACGACCUAUUUUAGAAGAGAAAGAUGCCUCUCAAUCCUCUCUUAAAAUCUCACGAUCAGCCUCUGAAACUAGUGCUUCAUCCCACCAAAUAUCUCAACUGGGCUCAGCGACAUCACUCACAGAAGUGAUACGCAAUAACAGAUACACGGACUGUAACGCAGGACCCUUUGAAGUUCACGUUCAACGCUCAUCUAACCCUAAAUCCAAGCUUCACCCUAUCUCAGUAGGAAAAGCCGCUUGUGAGUCAGGACUUCACGAUAUUUUAGAGAUCAAAAGAAUAGGCUUCUCCAAAGCCUCUAUCUUUUUCAAAACUAGAGAAGGCGCUAACGCCGCCGUCAACAAGCAAAUAUUAGCAGCAAAAGAUUUUGAAAUUUUUAUUCCUCCUUCACGCACUUCCAGGAAAGCUAUCAUUAGAGACGUUCCGCCUGAUCUCACCGACCAGCAAAUUCUACAAGACAUUACCAGCCCUUUUAAGAUUAUAGCAGUCAAUCGACUAAACCGUAGAGGUACCUCACCUCCCCAAACACACUCGGAAACGUCAAGUCCCUCAGCUUCUGCGACUACUUACACUCCUUCUCUCACUGUAGCGAUCACCUUCGAAGGACAAAAAAUCCCCAAGCAUGUCUAUUUGUUUCAUGUCCGUUACUCGGUGUCUCCCUAUAUAGCAAGAGUUACACUUUGUCAUAAAUGUUAUAGAUUCGGACACAUAAAAACAAACUGCAAAAGCUCACCUAGAUGCGCUCACUGCGGUGAAAAAGGACAUUCACUACCUGAAGAAGAACCAUGUCAACGGAAAGAUCUCCCUCCUAAGUGCAUCAAUUGCCAAGGAGAACAUCGCGCAGAUUCAUCUACCUGCCCGGAGGUCCUGCUACAAAGAGACAUUAGAAAAUACGCGGCCUACAGGAAUAUCACGUUCGUCGACGCAAGGGAAAUACUAAAAGGUACUAGAGCUCCCUCCUCCUUUUCCACUUCCUCUGAAGACUUUCCCUCAUUUAACUCACCACGCUCCUCACCACAUCUCAUGAGCCAUGCCUCUCAUUCGCAACCUUUCACCUCAUCCCCCGUACACAACUACACGUCUCCACACCUUACCUAUGCACAAGUCGCAAAGAAUUUUCCCCCCCCUCUCCCUCGCCCUCCUACUCCUUAUAGAGUCAGCCGUAAUUCCCAAGGAAAGCUUUGUCCCCCUCCCUUUCUCCCCCUCUAUCACAUCCUUUGUACUCCCUCCCCCAUAACUACCAUGUCAAUCGUAAUCCGAACUCCUCCUCCCACUCCCCUCCCUACCCUGCAUCUCCUCGACCUUCUGUCUCAUUCCCUCCAUACCCUCCCUCUUCUUCCCUCACUAACCUUCCUCCUCCCCCCAUUCAUUACUCUAUCAAUAAGACCCCCACCCCGUCUCUCCCCUCUCCCCCAUCUAACCUCCCCAUCUCUCCUCAAGAUACUACCAAACUUGUUAUUCAACUCAUCAUUGAGCUCCUUCCGUUACUCAACUCUGCUAAUACCUCUGACCUCAUUCCUACCAUCAUCCAAUCCAUUCGCAAUCUCUCCACUAAUCUCGAAAAUCUUUCCCCGCCUUCCUCCAAUUAACAUGUCUAGUAAAUCCUUUUUAAAUAACCUUAAACUUCUUCAAUGGAACUGCCAUGGUAUCCUUACCAAAAAAGAUUCACUUACCUACAUUAGUGAUCAAUUCGAUAUCCUAGCCAUCUCUGAAACUUGGCUUACACCAGAAAAAACCUUUUCCCUCAAAAACUUCAAUAUUCUCCGCAAAGACGGCCCCUCAAAUAAAUCUGGCGGCACGUUACUUGCUGUCAAGAAAUCAAUCCCUUUCACAGAACUUUACCCUGUUUUCUCUUCGGAUAAUCUUCUCGAAUCCAUUGCAAUAACCAUUCCUUCCUCUCGCACAGAUAUCCAUAUCAUCUCCAUAUAUAAACAUCCUUCCUCCUCUCCCCUCUCCAUAUGGGAAGACCUUUUCAAAUCCCUUCCUACAACAGGCUAUACCAUUAUCACAGGGGAUUUCAAUUCUCACCAUGCCUCUUGGGGCUGUCAUCGCUCCGACCCUAUGGGAAUCGCGCUUCUAGACGCUUCCCAAGACUUUUCACUCUCCGCUAUCAACGACGGAACUCCCACUUACUUCUCCUACUCCUCCUACACCCCCUCUGUCAUCGACUUAACUUUCGUCUCCUCUGGCCUAACACCUUAUUGUUCUUGGCUCUCUUACGACGAUUUACUUGGUAGCGACCAUAUCCCGACUAUAAUCAACCUUAAUUACCCUAUUCAGUCCCGCUCCUUUUUCUCCCAUAAGCUUAAAACUUCCAAACUUAAUCGUAAAUUUCUCCACACUUCUCUUUCGCUUUCUUUUCCCUUACUGUCUGAUCUUGUCAACUCGGCCCUCUCUCCUAUCGACAAAUACGAAACUUUUCAUAAUUUUCUUCUUAAUACAAUCACCUCCCUCAUCUCAACUCACUCACAAGUUUCUAAUAAUUUCUCCACCCCCAAUCAUCAAACACCCCAAAAAACAUCUCUCAACCAUCAUAAAACCCAGCCUUCUGCCUUCACCCACUCUCCCGCCCCGUGGUGGAACGAAUCCUGCCAGGAGGCGGUGGAUCGUAGGAAGCGGGCCCUCUAUAAUUUCCGUAAACUCCCCUCCAAUCAGAACUUCCUUAUUCUUAAAAAAGAAGAAGCUCUUGCAAGAAAGACUUUCCGUCACGCCAAACGAUCCGGCUGGAGACUAUUCUGUGAAUCCAUCACUUCUACAACCUCCUUACCUACAUUGUGGAGAGUCAUCAAGAGCUUUAAGAACAGAUUUCUCACCACCUCGCCUCCUCCUUUAUCUUCCAACAGAGCUGCCCCCACUUAUUUUAGAGCUCAUCAACACCAUCUCCCCCCCAUCAUGCCUAUACAAACCCUCAUGGACUCAUCUUCCCCCCUUCCGGCCUCACUCCUACCUCAUCUUUGA